GAAGCUAUUCUGCCUAUAAUUAAUGAUUUGAAAUGAUGUAGUAUAGAUUUUGGGUUAAACGUUCACCCAGAGGUCACAAUUCUGUACAUGCGACGGAACCUCCCAACACGUUUCUCACGGAAAAAAAGAGUCAGCCAAUCAGAGGCCUCGUUUCAUAGUAGGUACCCGGAUGUACCCGUCAGGCAAUCAGCUACGUCAUUGUUCACCGCCGGACACCCGCUGGAAAUACGGAAUGGAUUUAAAACGGCUAUUAACGACUUUGUAAGAGAUUUCAGCAAUGAACAAUGACCAUAGUUGACAGAUCUUCUGAGAAGUCUGACCACGAGUCAGUCGGAUUUAACCGGUCCACCUUCACCAGUGGAGACAUCGGGAUGGAGGGCAGUUGUUCCAGCAGCUGGGCGGGGGGUCCCACCCUGCCCUGCGACUCCCCGAGACUCAAGUCUCCAGGAGGCUGCAUGGGUCCAACUCCUGGCGCUGCUGUCUACAACAGCACGCCGUCCUCUGUGGAUCGACCAAAGGACCAAGUUGUUAGUAGCAGUGAUGGAAUCGAGCUGCCACAGAAGAUCCUGUUCCCUCCAGAGCGACUCACCCUGAAGUGGAACCAGGUUCACCGCAUCGGUGCUGGUCUCCAAAACAUGGGGAACACCUGCUUCCUCAACUCCGCCCUGCAGUGUCUCACAUACACCCCUCCCCUAGCCAACCACAUGCUGUCCCGAGAGCACUCCAAGACAUGUCAAGAGCCGGGCUUCUGUAUGAUGUGCACCAUGCAGAACCACAUCAUUCAGGUUUUUGCCAACUCAGGCAACGUCAUUAAACCCAUUGGUGUCCUCAAUGAGCUCAAAAGAAUUGCAAAGCACUUCCGCUAUGGAAGCCAGGAGGAUGCACACGAGUUCCUGCGGUACACAGUGGACGCUAUGCAAAAGUCCUGCUUACCUGGAACCAAAUUGGACAGGCAGACGCAGGCAACCACCUUCAUUCAUCAAGUAUUUGGCGGAUACCUUAGAUCUAGAGUGAAAUGUUUAAGCUGCAAAGCCGUCUCAGACACAUUCGACCCUUUUCUGGACAUUACUUUAGAAAUCAAGAUGGCUCCCAGUGUGUCCAAAGCUCUGGAGCAGUUUGUCAAGCCAGAGCAGCUGGACGGUGAAAACGCCUACAAAUGUACAAAGUGCAAGAAAAUGGUCACCGCCUCGAAGAGAUUCACGAUCCACCGCAGCCCAAACGUGCUCACCCUCUCACUCAAACGGUUCGCCAACUUUACCGGAGGAAAAAUUACAAAGGAUGUGAAAUAUCCAGAGAGCCUGGACCUGCGGCCUUUUAUGUCCCAGUCACAAGGAGAGCCACAGAACUACGGAUUAUACGCCGUACUGGUUCACUCCGGAUUCAGCUGUCACGCUGGACACUACUUCUGUUAUAUUAAGGCCAGCAACGGUCAAUGGUAUCAGAUGAACGACUCCUCUGUGUCCGUCAGCGACAUCCGGUCUGUCCUCAACCAGCAGGCUUAUGUUCUUUUCUACAUCAAGACCUCAGACGUGAAAAAAGUUGGCGACUACAGCAGCUCGAGCCGCAGCCCGAGCAUCUCCGGUCAGUCGUCUCCGCGUCCAGUGGUGACGCCGCGCAGCAACGCCAUCCAUCACAACGUGGGCUUCAUCGGUCCCCAGCUCCCCCAACACGCUGCCAAGAGCUCUACCCACCUUAACGGGAACGGAGCUCAUAAAGACUACCCCGGGGGCUCCAAAGGCGCCAGCAGCAGUGUGCUGGGAAAACCCACCCACGUAUUGCCUUCCUCUUCCUCCUCCUCCUCCUCCUCUUCCUCCUCCUCCUCCUCCUCCUCCUCUGUUUCACACUCAGUCAGCCGACCCACGAUGAUUCCGGACCAGGACAAACGACAAAGACUUUCAUUUUUUAUUGGACAGGGCAAACAGAACCGACCGUCAUCUUCUCACAGUCAGUCAUAUCCCACAAGUUCCUCCGGUUCUUUAUCUUCCUCACACUCUACCUCAGACAUUCGAUUUGUUCCGCGCCAACUCAACCACGUCAACGGCGCAGUGUGCAGUAACGGAGAUCAGCCGAGCGAAGGGAACGGAGCGUCCCUCUUGGUGCCCUACAGCCAGGAGUCCUCAGAAGAAUCUGAGCCGGAGAACGCCGCCUCUCUGGACAACGGCUGCUUAUCUAGAAGCAAAGGAAGCAACGCCGCAGAAAGUAUCUGCGCUUCCUCUCCUAAAGUCACCAACGGGGAGGCAGGCGCUCGCCGCAACGACAGUGAACUCAGUGGACCAACCUACGGAGCGUCUAACCAGAACGGUUAUUUACACCCCAAAGUGAAUGGACUCAAGGCCCCAGAGAAGGUCUCUGGAAGUUCAUCCUCUGUGACGGCUGUUGCCAACGGAGUCGAUGGUGGCCACACUCAACCAAAUAAAGAGGCGAAGGCUGCGGCUUCCUCCCAGUCCGGUUCUGUCCAGAACCUUCAACCUGCUGCUAAUGAAAGCCAGCGCUUCCAGGCGGCCGAUGCAAGGGCUACUAUGCUGCCUGAAGCCCCACCCCCCCACACCGCUGUCAGCUGUCCGCCUUCAGCCGGCGAGCUCCCCUCCGCUGCGGACGCAGAGACCGCUCCUUCGUCCUCACAGCGGGGCUGCUUUCAGAGCACCAGCGGCCUUUCUGCAUCCACGCAGAAGCCCAGCAAGAGCGAGGACGACGGCGAGCGCUUCCCGAGAACAAACGGUCCGACGGAAGGAGAGACGGGAGCUAAAGAGCCCACGUCGAGUUCCAGAGGUGACGACAGGCAGCCGACUCGCGACAGAGACGGCGUGCAGGCUGACUGCAGGAAACACUACAGGGACAGGAGCCCGCGGCGCCAAACUGACGGGGAUCGUUAUCGGUACCGGCGAGACUACAGAGACCACCAUCACUCGUACAGGGACCGCUUUCCUCCUCCCGAGCGUCACUGGGAGCGGAAGGUCUUCCACCCCAGAGAGUACGACCGCUCCUCACGGCGCUCUUACCAUCACGGCCACUACUACCACCGAUCCGACACAGACUACGAGCGGAGGGGAUACAACUACCCCCACCGCGAGGAGGCCCCAGGCUCCUGGAGGUGGCAGCAGUACAACCGAGAACCCCGUGCGAUGAAGAGGAGCACCUGGGAGAGGGAUCACUGCCGCUCACGAGACAGAAGCGCUUCACCCGAUGCGCUCCGGGAACCGAUCAAGUCCAAGGGCUCCCCCCAGCAAGAUCGCCUGUCCAGCCAGGAGCUUUCCUCUAGGAGGGACGACGGCAGUCACAAGAGGACUGCCGGUCACGCGAGUAAGGAGAGAGAAGACAGCUCUGAGCCUCAUCGCUGCAGAAAACACAAAAAAAGCAAGAAAAAGAAGUCGAAAGAUAAAGAGCGACACCACAGGAGCGGAAGCUCCGACGUGGACUCGGCCUCCGAGAGCAGAAGGAAAAAGAAGAAGAGGCGGCGGCACCGGGACGGCGACCCCGAGCGACGGAGCUCCGACGCGGCUCGGAGCCACGAGAACAGAAGCAGCGACGAAAGGGAAAGCCGAAAGCGGCAUCGCGACAGCGGGCCCCCGCCUGAAAAACGACGCCGCACAGACCACAGCAGGGACCAUCUACCCCCACCGUGUCUCAGCCCCCCCUCAACCGCUUCAUCCCACCGACACCUCAACGGAUACUCGGAAAACGGAUUUGGCCGAGCCGACUUCUACUCCCACUGACUCCCCGGCGUCCCGACUCUAUCCAUCUUCACCCUUUUGACAACAGCAGAGGAAUGAUAGACAUUUUUUUGAAGUGGUGCUUCUUCACGGGGAAUAACUAGAAUUUUUAACACAACUUUCACAUUUUUUUUUUCUUUUUAUGUGGAUUUAUUUGAUGUAUUUCUCAUUACUACGGUUAAAGAAAAAAAAACAUUGAUCUGUUAAAACAUUUAUUGUGAAAAAUAUUAAUAUAUACCUGUCGGAACCCAAACAAAGCCUGGAGCUUAAAGGUUUCAGCUGCGGCUCGGUGGAACUCAGGACUUGAAACUUCGUGGCUUCACUCAGUUUUCCAGCUGCUGAAUCCAAAAAAAGGAUGUCAACAUAUUUACAGCGCUGCAAUAUUUCCCACGGGGUGCAGCUGAAGGAACCGAGGGAACUCCAGCGAGGCUUUGCUGACUGAUACCUCCACGUUAACCCUGGACAGACUUGAGAUCAUCUCUCAGCUUUUUAUUCACUGUUAUAUUUUAACCUUUUUCACUCUGCAUCCUAGUCUUUUUCCUUCUUAUUUUUUAGGUAAUUUAAAAAAAAAAA